UUAUAAGUCAACGUCAGAAAUACAAGACAAUAAUUAAACAAAUUCUUUUCAUUCUGUUAUAGUCAGACGUUAAAUAGGUUGAGUAUGUGUCUAUAAGGUUCAUAUCACAUCCUGUUUUAUUUGAUUUUCACAUCAUCCACAAAUCAGGUUUGUAUUUGGCGACACAUUAGCUUCAGAAUAUGUUCCGGUAUUUUAUUUAGAUUUGACUCAAAAUGUCUUUUGUUGGGUUGUUAAAGCAGCUCGUGUUGUUCGGUGCUGAUUGUUGACGCCGUGUUUGUUGUCAUUGUGGUGCAGCCAAGGUGCCGUUUCCUCUCACUCUGAGGUUCAAGCCGAUGUUACAGAGAGGAAUAGACCUGCUGUCUCUGGACGCCUCCUGGGUGAGUUCGGCAUCCUGGUACUUCCUCAAUGUGUUUGGACUGAGGAGCAUGUACAGCCUCAUACUGGGACAGGACAACGCUGCUGACCAGUCACGGCUCAUGCAGGAACAGAUGGCAGGUGCUGCCAUGACGAUGCCCCCUGACCCCAACAAGGCUUUUAAGAGCGAGUGGGAGGCGCUGGAGAUCGUGGAACAUAAGUGGGCGCUGGAGAACGUGGAGGAGGAGCUGAUGUCCAGAGACCUCAACUUUGGAAACUUCUUUAGUCAGGACAUCAAGUCCCCCAUGUUGUAGGAGGACGAGGACCCACGAGCUCUGGAGCUCCUGCGUCCGGUUGGCAAACUUGGGAUGUGCAGGUUCUGUGAUAGCUCUAAAGGCUCUGGAACACACAGACUCUCUAAACAAAUAAACCAAUUCAGUCACCCUCCGGCUUUUCAUGAGCCCCCAAAGGCCAUUUGUGUUAAACAAAAGUUAAAGUUGUUCAAAUUUUCUUUAUGUAACACAGUCCAUACCACUGUGAACAGUGCAGUGUUUCAACAAGGCA